GAAUUCUCGCACCUGAGCGCUACGCUUGAUACAUCCAAAAUGGACCAAUGGUUAUAGCUGGCCUAACAUUAAUAUUUUGUUAUCUAGGACCUGAGGCCUUGAGGCUUCGAAGCCUGAUGGGCCACCGUUACGCCAAGCUCCAAGUAGGACACUCGUGAUUCGCCGUUCACUUUGCGCCGGUAAACCUCACUGCUACUAGUUAGCGCUCAACGUUCGCUCAACUCCCACCCAUCGCAUUCGCGAGAACAUGAGUGCUAACACGAACAACCUCUCCUCGACUCCACAGACCAUUUAUAUCAGACAUGUGGUUCAUCCAGAGAGUGGCAAUGCCUUCCGCGCUGUAGCAGCUUCCACUAAAUCUCUCAAAGCAAGCCAGAAGGACUUCGGCGUACAAUGUACGCAAUGUCAAACGAAAUUGGAGAAGCCUUUGAAAUGCGCAAAGUGUAAGGGCGUCUGGUAUUGCUCAAAAGAGUGCCAAAAGAAAAAUUGGUCCACCCACAAACCGGCAUGCCACGAAGUCGAACGCUCCUCGGGGGUAUUCAAAUUCAUACAAAUGUUCGGUGUAAACCCGUUGCUCAUGGGGCUCCUCAAAGUCGGUAUCAUCUUUGACUGUGGCCUGUUCGACAAUCCCCGGAUCGGAUUCGAUGUGCCAUUCAUGGCACGUGUUGACAUUGCAAUGGAACCUAGUGACGUCCUUGACUUUAUUAGAUUGUAUUUCAACGACAAGGCCGUUGGAGACAAGCUUCAAGGGAUGUUGCAAGUCAAUGGCGUCACUCCGUGGCACCCAAGCACACAAAGUCCCCUUACGCCGAAGCGGCUACAGCUGUGGCGUGAGGCUCGAGCAAAGUAUAACGCAGACGGUCUUACCAAAGAUCCCGUAGGACUCGUAGAGUUCAUUAGCUGUAGUUGUGCAGAAGACUUAGGGAACUCGGUGACUGCUGAGUUGCACAUCCCGGCUGGUAUCCUUGACAUUGCAAGGCAACGCGAGCCCUUCAUAUUUGUCUCUGCUAUCACAGACACAAAGUUCAGCAAACCCAUGAACACUGUGACAUGUCUAGAGUAUAUCAAUGUGCAUAUUCGAAUGGAUAAGCAGAAUCAGCUACGUUUGCGGGCUGAGAUGACAGAACAAGACAAGGAAGCCAUUCGCGCUGCAGGUCGUAAUGAGAAUACAUUUCCAGCUUGUAUCCUCAAAAAGAAGAUGGAAAGAGAACACAUCUAUGCUGGUAUCAUGGAAAUGACACGUGAAACAGUCAAAUGAUCUUCGUACCUUUCUGAUCGGAGUCUCUUGUACGACACCUCUUGAAAUGGGCUGCCAUUGACAUGUGCGAGCGAUAAUCAGUCGCCAGCACAAUCUUGUCCAAUACCUGUGUACUAUUAGUAGGAAAAAAGUUGACUUGAUAUCAGCUGCCGCGAAAUAGUAAUCAGACGAUGCCACAUACUCGCCAACGGUCAAUAUUUUCAUUUUUCCUAUAUUUUAAUCUCAAUUGUUACUCUGAUCUCAACGGGCGUUGAAUCCACGUUGCGAAGUGCCUAUUUGACAUGACCAAAC